AUCAAAUUAAAUUAUAAUAUUGAAAAUCAAACAGAAAACAAAAAAAAAAAAAUGGGGCCUCGCGCAAUCAUUUUCGACCUCCUCACUGCCCUCCUGGACAGUUGGAGCCUAUGGGCCGAAGCCGCGAACAACAACGAAGCCUCAUACCGCUGGCGCACAAGGUAUCUAGAGUUGACGUUUGGGUGCGGUGCAUAUCGUCCGUAUGAAGAUCUCGUCUAUGAGUCAGCCAGAGACGUCGGCCUUCCGGAGAGCGUACCCAAAGCCCUACUUGCAAAUUGGGAUCAGCUGCAACCAUGGCCAGAGGUUAAGGAGGUUCUGCAGCAGUUGAAAGAAAAGGGUUAUCAAUUGGGUGUUGUAUCGAAUUGUUCUAUUGAGCUUGGUCGCCGUGCCGCGGCUUUGUGCGGCAUCGAAUUUGAUGCGGUCGUCACCGCGGAGGAAGCCGGUUUCUACAAGCCUCGCCCGGAGGCGUAUGCGAAGAUCCGAUCGGCGCUUGGCGUGGAGGCUAAGGACGCCCUGUUUGUCGCGGGAAGUAACGGGGAUGUUGUUGGUGCAGCAAAGGCCGGCAUGGAUGUGGUCUGGCAUAAUCGGAUCGGUCUGCCAGCUCUCCCUGGGUCACGGCCGAGCCUUGAAGGCCGCUCUUUACAUAUUGUGCUCGAGUACCUCAGACGAGUGGAGUCCAGUUCGUCUGGUGCUAAUCGGGCCUCAUCGCGACUCUAGAAUCAUUGGACAGUGUCCCGGACAUCAGAACGAAACGAUAUCAGGACAGUCCUUGCUGGUGAUUUCAAGCGCGUGUUCCCAUGUGUAUUCUUCCCUCAUUGUACAGAAGCUGAAAUGUAUGUAUGUUACAUAUAUUUCACUAUAUAUUAUAUAAAUUUAGGUUGCUGCAGAUUCGACAAAGACGUAUUUGACGUUCAUAUGGCUGUCCUUGAAUGCUCUUGUCACAGACUGAAAACGCCACUGCAGUGCUAAAACGCUCAG